UUUUGCUCGUCAGUUGAGAAUGGCGUAAGCUUCCGACCGGACGGUUUUUCCGAUCGGUGAACACGCUAAAAACGUUUCUCUUCUUUCGUGAAACACGAAACACGCGAGGGUCGGAAUUGUGACGCGCGAGUUUGUUCUCAGAUUCCUCUUCUAUAUUUAUUUUAUUUUUUUCUCUUCUUAACAACAACGACCAUUGACCGAUAAUUUUACGCGAUUUUAAUAAGUGCCUCUCUUUUUGUUACGUUAAUAUAAUAAUAUACUUAUUAAACGAAAGGAAAAAAAAUAAUAAAAUUCAUAUCGUGAUAUCGAGUGUUUAUGACUAACGGAUUUCUGCAAUUUUCAAGUUUGAACUUUCAUGAAUUCGCGGGAAUAUUCAACGAACUUCGUGGUUAUAUCUAACAUUAGUGAAACAAACGACUUGAAUAUAACCAAUGCAAAAUAACUCGUUUCUUUUUACAUGAAUUAAAAUAAAUAGAUAAAUAAAGUGAUCGUGAACUGAUUGAAAUUGAACGUAACGUCGACCUAACCUCGAAAGUUGUUUUUUUCGAUAGUCCUCGAAUUUGAGUGUUUUACUUCGAUCAUUUCUACGCAAACAAAUCUAUUCGAUAAAAAUCAACACGAAAAUCGCGAACAUCGUUAAAAAUUGUUGAUAGAAUUGGUUUAAGAAAGUUUCUUUGCGACAACGUGGUUUCGAAAGUACAUAGUGAUUUCGUUGCCGCUCGACACCUUGAAUCCAUCUGAGCGAAGGUGGUCGAUCGCUGUGAAGGAUUUCUCACAACCUUGACCCACUGGGAUCAAUUCGUUGUUACGAUUAUAAGACACGAACAAUGCUUCGAAUCGAAGCCUUAUAGAUAUCUUUGAUCAAUGAACAAAGAUGGUUUUCUUAGCUGAACAGUGAAUGAUCAAGAAAUACAUAAUUCUCAAAUGAUUUUGUUCGAACAAUGUUUUUGUGUGGAAAGAAAACGAUUUUCAUUGUGGAAUAAAUUGAAAAUUAUAAAUAUAUAUACAUUUUUAUUUUUGGUGAUAAAACGUGAGACUGUCUAAUGAGAUUUCUACUAUGCGAAGACAUGAUUUUUGGUGCUCUUCAAGUGUGUGUUCGCAAAGUUUAGUGUUGGAGGGGAUAAGUGAGACUUGGCAACGAACAAAAAGGGUGUUUUCGGACACCAAAAGCUGGGGCACCCUGACGAGGAGGUCCUGGAGGAGGAGGUGGGUCGUAGGAGAGAGGAAAGAAAGGAGGUGACCAUCCACCCCACAUGGACGCCACCCCCAAAGGACCCUCCGUAUCCCCCACAUCGGAUAUCCUGUCAUCAUUACCUAGUUGCAGAAUAUCCGACCUGAACGUAAGGGCACCGUACUCUGCCCUAUAUCGUUGUCAACGUUCUCGUCGAAUAUCGAGAUAUCCAUCACUUGAUGCUCGCCGUACGACGAAAACGACCACCUACGCGUCAUCUUUAUCUUAUACGUGCCUCAAUUUCUCUCGUCUUUUUUGCUGUAAAUUGAAACAAUUGCCGAUUCUCUAUCUCCACGUCCUCGAUAAUAAUAAUCAACCUGUACACUCGUGGAAGUUAAACAUCCAGACCAAAAACAGAAGAAUCGCAACGUCGAAAAGUCAAAGUCGCUACUGGUAUCUGAGAACGAUUGCCAGUUCGACAAAGACGACUUUAAGGACGAGAAACAACGUAGAAACGUUCUCAACGAUAUUAAAUUCGUGGAACAGAGACAGGAAAUCAUUUUUUACUCUCGUUUUUACACCACGGCAAUCGUGCCGUAAAUUUGAUGCAUUUUUUACAACACAAAUCGCGAAGCAUUUUCAAGUCAAAAAAGUACUUUUAACAGGCGUCACUUUUUACGUGAAACAUAUCUAUAGACUCCGUCCAAAAGCGCCUAACUCUGAGCUGCAGCCUAAUAGAUCACGCAAACAAUGUCGCGCAGCGCUGCCACGCGUCCUAUGCAAGGUGAAGGACUGCGACGAGGCGGACAAAGUCUCGGUGGCAUGCACGACGACAAAAUCGGAUGCAGAAGAUAGCCGGAAAGGAUCGACAACUGCUACGAUAUACAACGACGAUGAUAAUUCUGGUUCAAGCAGAAAGAAGAAGAAGAAACGUCGAAAAAAUAGGAAGAAACACCAGUUACAGCUACAACAAUUACCGCAGGAUACCGAUAGCCAGCAAGUGCACUCAGUGUUGAAUCUGCCAUCAUCUUCGGACGAGGUUGAGGCAGUUGGCGAAUGCUCGAAAAGAGACUCAUCCAGCAGUCUGGGUGGCGCAAGCAGGCACAAUACUCUACGAGAAUCAUUGCUUACUGUGCUAGGCAAAUUGGUGAUAUGGAAAGGCACUAGAUAUCGUUCAAAUACUACUGCGUCAUCUUCAUCCUCGGCGCCACCGAAUUCGCCCCCCGCGACAGAGUGCAUAGGCCGUAGCACUUCCUUUUUCUGCAGCGAAACGGAGAGGAGAAUUCGUGCCAAUAAUCGCGAGUUCAACUCACAGUUUAAUUAUGCGAACAACUACAUCAAGACGUCCAAGUAUUCGGUUCUGACGUUCCUACCGUUAAAUUUGUUCGAGCAAUUUCAGCGGCUCGCUAACUUUUACUUCCUAUGCCUGCUGGUGCUUCAGAUGAUCCCCGCUAUCUCCUCCUUGACCCCCAUCACUACAGCUAUACCCCUUAUAGGGGUGCUCAUGCUCACUGCCGUUAAAGAUGCCUACGAUGAUUUUCAACGGCACAACAGCGACUCGCAAGUGAACAAUCGAAAAUCUCAAACAUUGCGAGGCACUAAUCUCCGUGAAGAGAAAUGGUCACAAGUGCAAGUAGGCGAUGUAAUUAGAAUGGAAAAUGAUCAAUUCGUUGCAGCCGAUGUGCUUCUUUUAUCUACUAGUGAGCCAAACGGUCUUUGUUAUAUUGAAACUGCAGAAUUAGAUGGAGAAACGAAUUUAAAGUGUCGGCAGUGUUUAACUGAAACUGCCGAAAUGAUGGAUAAUCACGAAUUGAUUGGUCAAUUUGAUGGAGAAAUUGUUUGUGAAACUCCUAAUAAUUUAUUAAAUAAAUUUGAUGGAACUCUUACGUGGAAAGGACGAAAAUAUCCAUUGGACAAUGACAAAAUUAUAUUGCGAGGUUGCGUGCUCCGAAACACGCAAUGGUGCUAUGGUGUGGUCAUCUUUGCAGGCAAGGAUACCAAAUUGAUGCAAAACUCAGGGAAGACCAAAUUUAAGAGGACUUCUAUAGAUAGAUUGCUGAAUCUUCUCAUCAUCGGAAUAGUGUUCUUUUUACUUUCUAUGUGUUUGUUUUGUAUGAUCGGCUGUGGUAUUUGGGAGAGUCUCGUGGGCCGUUAUUUUCAAGUGUAUCUACCUUGGGACUCAUUAGUGCCUAGCGAGCCUAUGGGAGGGGCCACAGUGAUCGCUUUACUUGUGUUCUUUUCUUAUGCCAUCGUAUUGAACACAGUAGUGCCAAUCAGUUUAUACGUGAGUGUCGAAGUUAUCAGAUUUGUUCAAUCAUUUUUGAUCAAUUGGGAUGAAGAAAUGUACCAUGCACCUACAAAUACACAUGCUAAAGCAAGGACUACUACAUUAAACGAAGAAUUGGGACAAAUAGAAUAUAUAUUUUCCGAUAAAACCGGAACACUGACACAGAAUAUCAUGACUUUUAACAAGUGUUCUGUGGCAGGAAAAUGUUAUGGGGAUGUUAUCGACGAAGUUACUGGGGAAGUCGUCGAUUCAAGUGAGACGAACAAAGCUGCCCGAACACCUACGAUGCGAUGGAAAAAUGGACAAGAAUUUGUUCAAGUUUAUACAUCUAUAACUGGUCCAGACGUACGUCUACUGGAACAGGUGGACAGGAUAUCCAAUAUAAUUGGAGAGCCAGGCACCAAUGGCAGUCCGAUGGUUCCACAUAAACUUUCUACAAUGCCAUCAUUGGAUUUCUCAUUUAACAAGGAUUUCGAACCAGAAUUCAAAUUCUACGAUUCUGCAUUACUUGAAGCUGUAAAAAGGAAUAAUGAAGAUGUUCAUAGUUUCUUUCGAUUGUUGGCACUUUGUCAUACAGUUAUGCCAGAAGAAAAAAAUGGCAAGCUAGAAUAUCAAGCACAGUCACCAGAUGAAUCUGCCCUUGUAUCUGCUGCUAGAAACUUUGGUUUUGUAUUUAAAGAAAGAUCUCCAAAUAGUAUAACAAUUGAAGUUAUGGGAAAACGUGAAAUAUAUGAAUUACUUUGUAUUUUGGACUUUAAUAAUGUUAGGAAAAGAAUGUCUGUAAUUUUGAGGAAGGAUGGACAUCUUAGGCUAUAUUGUAAAGGAGCAGAUAAUGUUAUUUAUGAACGAUUAAAAAAAGGCAGUGAAGAUAUCAUGGCAAAAACAUUGGAACAUCUUAAUAAAUUUGCUGGUGAAGGCUUAAGAACACUGUGCCUUUCAGUUAGAGAUUUAGAUGAACAAUUUUUCAAUGAUUGGAAACAACGUCAUCAAGAAGCUGCCAUGAGUCAAGAAAAUAGAGAUGAUAAACUAGAUGCAAUAUAUGAAGAAAUAGAAAAAGAUAUGACAUUAUUAGGCGCUACUGCUAUUGAAGAUAAAUUGCAAGAUGGUGUACCUCAAACCAUCGCUAAUUUAGGUUUGGCCGGUAUUAAGAUCUGGGUAUUAACUGGUGAUAAACAAGAAACAGCUAUCAAUAUUGGUUAUUCCUGCCAAUUGUUAACAGACGAUCUGACCGAUGUUUUUAUAGUAGAUUCCACUACUUAUGAUGGUGUUGAAAAUCAAUUAUCACGAUAUUUGGAAACUAUCAAAACAACUUCAGGUCAUCAAAAUCGGCCAACUCUCUCCGUUGUCACAUUCAGGUGGGAUAAGGAAAGCAGUGAUACUGAAUACAAUCCUAGUAGAGAUGAACAAGAUGAACAUGAAAUGGAACAAGCAACAGGAUUUGCAGUAGUUAUUAAUGGGCAUUCUUUAGUUCAUGCAUUACAUCCACAACUUGAGCAACUUUUCCUUGAGGUAUCAAGCCAAUGUAAAGCUGUGAUAUGUUGUCGCGUGACACCUUUACAAAAAGCAAUGGUAGUCGAAUUAAUAAAGAAAAAUAAAAAUGCUGUGACUUUAGCAAUUGGUGAUGGAGCUAAUGAUGUUUCGAUGAUAAAAACAGCUCAUAUAGGUGUUGGUAUUAGUGGACAAGAAGGAUUACAAGCUGUAUUAGCAUCUGAUUAUUCAAUAGGACAAUUUAGGUUUUUGGAACGAUUACUUCUUGUUCAUGGCAGAUGGUCAUAUUAUAGAAUGAGCAAAUUUCUUAGAUAUUUUUUUUAUAAGAAUUUUGCGUUUACAUUGUGCCACAUUUGGUUUGCCUUUUUUUGUGGAUUUAGUGCACAGACUGUAUUUGAUCCUAUGUAUAUUUCUGUUUACAAUCUUUUUUAUACAUCAUUACCUGUAAUGGCAGUUGGUAUAUUUGAUCAAGAUGUUAAUGAUAAAAAUAGUUUACUUUAUCCAAAACUUUAUGCACCCGGAUUACAAAAUUUACUCUUUAAUAAAAAAGAAUUUUGCUGGAGUGCCAUACAUGGUUUUUUUGCUAGUUGCGUAUUAUUUUUAGUUCCAUAUGGAACAUAUAAAGAUGGAGUAUCGCCAAAAGGCUAUGUACUUUCUGAUCAUAUGUUAUUGGGAAGUGUUGUAGCUACUAUAUUAGUCAUAGUUGUCACUGUUCAAAUAGCCCUUGAUACAUCAUAUUGGACAAUUGUUAAUCAUAUUAUGGUUUGGGGCUCGCUCAUUUGGUAUUUCGUUUUAGAUUAUUUCUAUAAUUUUGUCAUAGGUGGUAGUUAUGUUGGCAGUCUUACAAUGGCAAUGUCUGAAGCAACAUUUUGGUUCACGGCAGUCAUUUCGUGUAUUAUAUUAGUAAUACCUGUAUUAUCGUGGAGAUUCUUCUUCAUCGAUGUUAGACCAACACUGUCUGAUAGAGUUAGACUUAAACAAAGAUUGGCACAACUUCGCUCUCGCCAAAGUCAAGAUAUACUUCGUACACCAUCGACAAGACGAACACGACGUUCUCUUCGUUCAGGAUACGCUUUCGCGCAUCAAGAAGGUUUUGGAAAACUCAUUACAUCAGGCAAAAUUAUGCGAAAAUUACCAAAUGGUGCAGAUUUUAAAUUCGCUAUGCCAUUUACGAACAAUACUAGCAAACAAGUUAAUGUUGCCACUACAUCACCAAAGGAUAAUACAUCCAAAAAUUCGCACACAUUGGAUACUAUUAAUCUAUAACUUGGAUAUUCUAUUGUAAGUCUUUCCAUCACUAAAUUUCGAAUAAUUAUUUUGUAGCAUUAACAUAAAAAUAUCAUUAACAUUUUUUCAAAUGAAUUGUUUAUUUCAACAUAUUCUUUAAAUACGAUAUAGACCAUAAAAUUUCAAUUCACAUUUCUGUUUUUAUUACAAACAGAAAGAAUCAUAAACAAAAAUUAUGUGUAUGUGUACACAUUGCAAUAGCUAAAAAAUAUCUUCUGGUUUAUUAGAUUCAAUUUUUUGUAUCAAUGCUUAAAUUAAGUAAUUGAAGUUCAAAUGACAAUAAAGUAUUAAUUGUUUACAUAAGAAAAAUUUUACAUAUUAAUGUCUACAAAAAUAUACUAUUUUCAUUAAAAAUCAUUUUAAUGUGAUAUAUUAUUUUAUAUGAUCAAUUAUUCCAGACUCAUAUUAAAAUUUUUAUGCUACAAAUGCUAUAAUUUCUAUAUUUAUAUGUAUAUAUAUUUUUUUUUGUUACUUUUGAAAUUUAUAUAUUUCUUUAUAUUUGUUUAAUGACAGAUCAUAAUUGACUUUUUCUUAAAUAAAAAUAAAAUUAUAUAGAAUAUUUCGUUUAAGUGAAUUUUACAAAAAAUUAAAACUAUUAAAAAAAAUUUUUUUAAUAAAAGUUGUUUGAUUCAAAAAAACAUAUUGUACAAACAAUUUUUUUGUAAUUGUAAUGAAGAUUUCAGCAUCAAUUUCAAUUUUAAAUAAAAUCAUAUAAUUUUGAAUGUAUUAAUCAAUUUAUUUUAAUGUAUUAAUCAAUUAAUCAUUCUCUAUAAAAAACUAUUAACUUAUUUAUGUCGAAAAAUCAUUGACAUAUGAUGUAUUUUCAAAUUAUUAAAAAAAUUUUUUGAUAAUUCUAAUUUCAAAUAAAAUAUUUAAUUCAUAUUUAAUUAACGAAAUCUAUAUAAUUUUUUCAUAAAUUUGCCAAUCUUUACAUAUCUUGUUUAAAAAAUUGUAUAUCAAAUAAUUUAUUAUAAUUUGUCUAAAUUUAUAUCAUAAAGAGUCUGAAAUAAAAAAAGAUCUAAGAUUCAAAAAAUUCAUGAAACCAUUAAUAAUGACCUCUGAAAAAUUCUUAAUUAAUUAGUUUAUAUUAAGAAAAAUGCAGAUUGAUUUAUGAUUUUUUUUACUUUUGGUAAAAAAUAGUUAAAUAUUUAGAAAAUUAUUAUAAUAUAAGGAUUGUUAUUAUUCACUUACUGUUUAUAUUAAUUAUUUGGUCAUUGAAAUUAAUCAAUUUAUUGUUAUUUCAUAAUAUGUUAGUAUGUUAAUAGUAAAAAUUUAAUUAAUUUAAGGAGGUCUAUAAUACUGAUUGGUGUCAUUUUGCACGUUAUAUUUGAAAUAUUUUUAAGCACAUAUUUUUAAAUAUAACAUAUUCACAACAAUUAUUUCUUAGAAUGCGUUAAGAUAUUCUUUUAAACAAAAACAUUUUAUUUAAAAAUUGACAUCAGAAUAUAACGCAAUAAUAAAAUAAAUUAUGAUCAUGACACUCAAUGUGUACAUAUGUAAAAGUGUCAAAAAUCAUGUAAUAUCCUUACUUGUAUUAUAAUACUAUCCUAGUAUGAGAGAAAGAAACAUAAAAUAUGUUUACACAAUACAUGUAUUAAAUAAGAAUUAUAGUUAUGAUAAUAAUUGCCUUUAUAAAAUAUGAAUACAAAAAACAAUUAAAAUUACUGUAUCAUAACAUUGACUGUAAAUAUUUUAAAGAGAUAUAUAUAUUAUAUGUAUACAUUAUAUAUAUUACAUAUUACAUAUUAUAUAUAAUGUAUAUAUAUAUAUGAUAUUAAAUGUUAAGUAUACAUUUUUUAAAAGAAAGUAAUAUAUAGGUAGAUCAAUUUAAAAAAAUAUGAAAAUAGUAGCUAUAUUAUAUUAUAUUAUUGCGGAUAAUGUUUGCCUUGGACUGACUACUGAAUAUAUAUAUAUAUAUAUAUAUAUAUAUAUAUAUAUAUAUAUAUAUAUAUAUAUACAUAUAUGAUAUAAUAAAAUAAACAGUAGUAGCAAUGAAAUAUGUAUUUCUACUUUUAAUAUUAAUAUGAAUUCUAGGGAGAUAUAGUCUGUAUUGGGAAAGUGUGUUCCACAAAGAAUUUUUUUAUUUAAAUGGAAAAAUAGAAAUUUAUUGCUUUCAAACAUUGUGCCUAAUCAAGAAACUACACAGAGUGUUUCACAUUGCAAUGAUAUUUUGUUCACUUAUGUUUAAACACGACGGCGUAUAAUAUACACAUAAUUAAAUUCUUCUCUUUGUAAAUUAUAGAUCAAUAAUAUCAAAUUAUUUAAUUAUUAUCUUUAUAUAAAUUUCUUUGUUUGUUUUUUAUAAAUAGAAAUAUUUAUAUAUAAAUUCCACUUGUAUCGUACUAUAAACCGAUCCAAAGUUAUAAAUUGAAAGAUAAAAUAUGAUUAAUGAGACUGCUGCGUUUUUAUCUUUUACUUUUAGAAAUAAAUAUAAUGUAUAUGUAACGCAGAAAUGUCAUAAAACAGGAAAAUAAGAAGUUUCAAUUGGUGUAUGUUAAUGUCUGAAAUUUAAUACACAAUUUCGAAUGAAAUAUAUAUACUUCACCUUAAUUUAAGUAAGUUAAAUUUUUUAACUUACUUUGAAGAUGAAAGUUAUACAUUUUUAAACUAACAAGUAUCAAAGAAGAAUUUAAAGUAUUGAAUUUUUCUAUAAUAAAUUUCAAACUUUUUCAAUAAUAAUACGUGAACUGAAAAAUAAUUUUACAAAUAUUUAUUAAACAAGAUUAUGAAAUUAUCUUCAACAUUGGAAACAAGGCGUACUACGCUAAACUAUUCGUGUUAUAUUAAAAUAUAUUAAUAUAUUCUUCAUACCCAAGGAAAAAUCAUAUCAGUUACCUAGAUAAUAUACCGUAUAUAUUUUUUUCUCUAGAUUCGUUUGUAUAUAUUUUAUAACAUUUCAUGUUAAAUAGUAUUUGGAGAUGUGAUAUUAUUAUUACGGACAGCUAUAUUGCAAUAUAUGUAUUACUUAUUUUAGAUCCCUGACUGGAUAUAAUUUUAUUUUCAUUUGCAAAUAAUAUCUUUAUCCUAAAGUUUAAAUACCACAAUUUUUAAAUAAUAUAAAAUAACUUUGUGGUUAAUAUCUUUAAAAAAAUGUUAUGUACUAUGUGUAUAGUACAUGUAUAAUUGAAUGCAAUUUUUUAAAAUUUAUACGUUACUUUAUUAAUUAAUUAAUUAUUUUCAAUUUAACAUAAUGAAAAAUGUAUUGAACUUAAAAAAUAUAUAAUAUUAUUUAAAAAUUCUGGUAUACAUUAACUUAAUAUAAAAAAGUAAGGAAUUAAGAAAAAAAUUAAGCAUUAUAAUAAAGUAGUUGUAACACAUGUUGUUGAUUACAUAAGUUGUUACAUGUUACUUUAAAACUGAAUCAAACAUCUAGAAACAAAAUGCAAGAGCAAAUUGUCUGCUGCAUGUGCUCUAUAGACUGUGCAUCAAUUAUUGCUUAAAACUAUUUGCUUAGGACAUAGUAUAAUUUAAAGAAAAAACAAUUGUACUUAUAGCUAUGUGCAAUUGUUAAAUCUUCUUUAUAGUAUUUAAUAAAUAAUCUUUUACUACAAUUUUUCAAAUACGUAUUCUCUAUGGAAUGCUAAUAUAAGACAAUAAUAUAUUUAACACACAUAACAUAAUAGCAAAAUAAAAAAUAUAAAAAUAUUACAUGUAAAAUAUAUUUUUUAUUUCUUUGGAUUUUCAAUAGUUAAAAUUAAUUCAAUAAUGUUUUUAUUUGUUUAAAAUAUAAAGAAAUUUUAUUAUUAAUUACUAUUAAUUAUUAAUUUAAUAUUUUGAUACUAUGUCCUACGUAUUUCUGAUAUAUUCUACUUUUAUAUAUCAAAUCAUGUAUCUUACAUAAAAUUUAAGCCCUACCAAAAUAAAAAAGUUAUAACAGCACAUUAUUGUGUAGGGCCAUGCAGAAGAACAUGUGAAAAGAAACUAAUAUUAUCGAAUACAAUGUUCCUUACAAAAUGCACGCAGGAUAGAAAAUUAGUAUGUAUGUGUCUAUUGCAUUAUUAUAUAACAUUGAAAGCGGUGGUGACUUUAAAUGAAUUAGGUUAUUGAACAAAACAUUGAAUGAUUAAAAUUUAUUUUUUUGCAAUUCCUAGAAUUGUUGCGCUCAAUUAUAUUCUGUUACAUUAAUGCUUUGUCAUAAAUAAUGAAGAAAAAUUUUAAUUUAUAUUUUUGACAAAUGUAUUACUUUACUAAAAAUUUAUUUUUUAAAAAUUGUAUUAAACAUAUUCUCUGUUUUUAUACUACACUCUGUGUAAUGUGAAUUUUGUAAAUUUAAAUAUUGUUUUAGUAUAUAUAUUAUGUACAAUAAGAUUUUAUACUUGCCAAGUAUAUUAUUUUUAUGUGUAAAUAAUUCGCAUAAAGAGAGAAGUUUGUGUUGUAAAAGUAGUAAAAUAUCAGUACAUAUAUCAUUUAAACAAUUAAAUUUACUAAAAAUUAAUUCUUUAAAAAUUUCAUUUCUUUUCUUAUAAAAUAUAUAUUAUGAUACUAUUUCAAUUUUUAUUUAUUUUCAAAAUUAUCUUUGCAUUUUUAUGUUAAAUGAUACUGAAAAUGACUUUUUGUUUCUUCUUAUUAUCAUGAAUCUGGCAUAUUAAUAUAUAUUCAAAACAAAAUUAUAAACAAAAUUAUUCACUUAUUAUAUAUUACAAAGAAUGUUAUAUAAUUAUUAUAGUUCAGUCUGAGUAAGAGGGACCACAGUAUCACAUGUUAAAAUGAAUUUAUCAUUUAUAUAUUCUAAGAUGUUUUAGGAGAUUACUUAUGUUUGAAAACAUCAAUUUAUUUAAUCUAUGCAUUUAUAAUUUUUUUAAUAUUUCAAAAAUUAAAUUGAAAAUCUGAUAUAUUAUAUAAAAUUCUAUUAUAAUGUUAAUGUUUAAUUCUAUUAUUUAUGUCAUGUAUAUUGAACGUGGUAAUCCUCUAAUACAUCUUAAAAAAUGAUCACAUUUUAUUUAUAUGUAUAGAAUUCGUUUAUAUAUCAAAAUCUAACAAAAACAUGUAAAAAAAAAAACAUUAAAUGUUGCUUCAGUAUUUAAAUACACACGUCGUCUUAAUUUAUGCUUUCAAUGUAAUUAUAUGUACAGUACAACAAAUUUUGUUACAGCUUUAUGUAAUAUAUUAAAAUAACGAAAUUCACUUUAUUCUUAUAAUAUAAUUUUAAUGUGAAACACUUUCUCAUCAAUUUCAAAAAUAGCCAACUUAUGUUAAUAUAUACAUUAAUAUAAGAUAUGUACAAUUUGCAUCUUUACAAAAUUGUAUUAUGUUUUGUUACCCAUCAGUAUUGAAUAGAUUGUAUGUGUAAUAGAUACAUGUAUAUUAAAAUCAUGCACGGAUAGUUAGAAAUUAAUUAAAACAAUAAAAACAGUCGUGAGCGGUACUCGUAAAAAACUAUUUGCAAGUUCAUCACAGAUGAACAAUGCAAAAUUAUAAAAUUUAAAAAAAUUAUAAAUAUAUCCUUUUUAUUUAUAAAGAGGAAAUAUUGAAAAAAUAUUAUUUAUACUUUUCUUGAAAAAGAAAAUAAUAGAACAUCGUCGAAUAAAAACAUAAACAAAUAGAAAAAGAUCUGGUAAAAUCUAAUGUUUGUACUUAUGAAACAGAAAUAAUUAAUCUUGCUAUGGAGAACGCUGCGAAAUACGAUUAAUUUUAUUUAUCAACAAGUUUUUUCUUUAUACUAUUAAAAUUGACCCACAAAUUACGAAAUUGUUCACGUAUCAAACAUUUCUUAUUAGUUUUUAAGUUAAUAAAAAUAAUGCAGCAUAAUGUUGUAUUUUUCAAA